AUGUUGCUGUCCUGUGUGCUCCUGGCUCUGGCCCUGCUUCCUCUACCUCCCCCAGUAAACUCCAGCGUGGACUCCUCCUUCAGGGAAUGCAGCCAGUUCCUGUACAGGGGCCUGGCCCCAAGGGGCCUCCAGGGGACUCGGGGCCUCCAGAAGGUUUGCCAGCAUUACGGGGACAAGGCGCGCUACGCCACCCUGUACGACCCAGCAGGCAGGAUCCCCCUCUUCUCCGCCUACACCUUUAAACGCUCCAAUGGUGAGAGCAGGGAAGGUCUGCCCUGGAUGUACGAACCACAGCUGUCCCUUGGCUCUGGGACGGGUAACAUGCAGCCCUUCCCCGGUUCUCCCUCCAGCCUCCUGGCCCUAGAGGAGAGCCAGGCGGUGCUGGCCGACUACUCCGACGCAGUCGUCUACGAGCGUGGCCAACUGAACCCCGACCAGCACCAGGCCAGUCCUGGGGACAAGGCCUCGACCUACACCCUGACCAACGUGGUUCCCCAGGCUAAGGAGUUCCUCCAACACCACUGGCUACCCUACCUGGAGGGCAUCCGCAAACGCCUCAACAACUAUUGUCGUGGAACGGCUUACAUCAUCAGUGGCGUCACCACCACUGGGAACACCAUCCGGAGAGGUAACGUUAACCGGGUGAGGGUACCCAAACAUCUGUGGACAGCCUACUGCUGUCCUGAUUUUGAUCUCGGUGCGCCGUAUGAGCUCCGGUACAAGUUCCCUACUUAUGCAGCCUACGGGCUUAAUGACGUGGUAGGUAACGCGGUCACGGAGACGUCGACGAAGAGCGUGGAGGCGUUGGUGAAUAGAGAGAUGGCUGUGGAUCAGGACUUUCAGCUGUUCAAUGGAAACUGUGUCCCUGAAGUGUGAACGGUUAUGAGAGUGAAUGUCAAGAGACAAUCUUUAAAAGAGAGAGAGAUCGAGGGAGAUGUUCCUGCCACUGAAAAUAUAAAUGAUAUGAUGAUAUUUAUGUAAUUACUAACCAAUAAAGCAUUAUCAUUAUACAUUA